CCCAAAAUCAAAACUAACCCACUGAAACAAACUAAGCCAAUUCUCAUUUGAAGAAGCAGCUCAAGCUUUUGAAAUCGCCAUGGCCAACAUGAUCAUGGCCUCCUCCAAGGUCCCAAUCUCGGCCCCUGCUUCCGCCGUAGCCAAGCCCAAGCUCCUCCCUCUCCAAAUCUCCAUCCCCAAAACCCUAACCAAAACCCACCUCCUCCAGUCCCUCAAGUCCCUCUCCGUCAUCGCCGCCACCUCCCUCGCCGUGGCGCCGCCGUCGCUCGCGGCGGAGAUCGAGAAGGCGGCGCUGUUCGACUUUGACCUGACCCUACCGAUCCAGGCCGUACAGUUCCUGCUGCUGAUGGUGGCGCUGGACAAGGUGUACUACUCGCCGCUGGGGAAGUUCAUGGACGAGCGCGACGCGGCGAUCAGGGAGAAGCUGGGGAGCGUGAAGGACACGUCGGCGGAGGUGAAGCAGCUGGAGGAGCAAGGGGUGGCGAUAAUGAGGGCGGCGAGGGCGGAGAUAGCGGCGGCGCUGUCGAAGAUGAAGAAGGAGACGCAGGCGGAGGUGGAGGUGAAGCUGGCGGAGGGGAGGAAGAAGGUGGAGGGGGAGCUGCAGGAGGCGUUGGCGAAAUUGGAGGAGCAGAAGGAGGAGACGUUGAAGGCCUUGGAUGCCCAGAUUGCUCAACUCAGUGACCAAAUUGUGAAGAAGGUUCUUCCUCUGUGAUUGAUGUUGCCUCGUUGCAGAGUUAGAGUGUGUCAUAUAAAGUCAUGUAAGAAUUGAAAUAUAUUUGUGUAUUGUUUUGUGGAUUGGAUUUCAUCCAGUCCUGGUUAAAUGAAAAAUUACUGUGCUUCUUCUUGUUUUUCGAGGUGACCCAAUUGCUGUUAAGCCUGUAAUCAAUAAUCUCACUUGAUUUUGUUUCUGGUUUUGAUCAUGUUUUGGGUGUGUCACUUCUGUACAAGUGAGAAUUCAUGUAGCUUGUAGCAAUAAGAAAUGUGAUCAAGGGGAACAAAUUAGGG